CGCUGCCCUCCAAGUUCGACUCCCGCUCACGGCCACCAACACUGCUGACGAUUACCUCAGCCGCUCCUGGGCCUCCCCGUGUAGCCGUUGCGAGCAGCACCGAUGAAGGCCGGCACGGCACGUGACACCAGUGUUGGUGGCCGUGAGCGGGAAUCGAACCCUGGGUGGCAAGUGUGCCGCUGGAGCCACGCUGCGAGCUGCGUGCUGAGGAGCGCCUCUCUGCACGAAGCCUCCUGGAGCCUCUCCCGGAGCAGUCACCAUGGAGGCUCAUGGGCUGCGCAGUACCUCACGCACCCUCGUGGCGCUGCUCGUGACGAGCUACGCGUUCCUCACGUCUGGGCCCACGGAGGAGAAGAAUUUCUCCCCGAACUGGCUGGUUAACCUGGGGGGAGCCUGGGAGGUCCAACCGCCACAGGCCGGGCAGCCUCUACCUCUCGCCAAAGCGACCGUGGCUGUCCACAUCAGCGACCGGCUCGCAGAUCACGAAGCCAAGAGGGAGCCUCGAGUCGCUUCCUCUCCCAGCCAUGGCGUGGAGGUUCCCCAAGGAGGAGGAGGAGAAGACGACGACCCAGCUCCCUUAGGGUGGAAGACCUUCAUGGAGAUGCUGCACAGCAGGCCGGUGGCCAUCGCCUACGAGGUGGCGAGUGCAGGGAUCGCCCUCCUCAGCCUCGGAGUGUGGCUGAAGAAUGCAGUGUGGCGUCCGCGACCUCCUGCCAUGCCAGCAAUGGCCGUCCACACCACCAACCUCCCGAAACAAAAGGCUCGGUCGAACUUGGCCGAGAUGGUACCUCAAGCAGCUUCUUCUUUAGGCUGUUGGAUGACGGUUCCGCAAGAUGGAGAAUACCCGUCUCCCUCAAGGUGGACGACCUUGAUGAAGAUGCUGCACAGUGGGCCGGUGGCCAUCACUUACCACGUGGAGAGCACGGGGAUCACCAUUACCAGCCUAAGAGUCUGGCGGAAGAAUCAAUUGAAGUCAUCGCAACGUGGACGAAUUUACCGAAGCCGCCACAUGAGAGGAUCCAUGUGGAAAUUGGCUCGGGGCAAGCGCCACCCCAUGAAAAUCAAGAGGACCCACAGAUCCCUCAAGACUCGGCUGGAUGGCUGCUCCAUGAUGAAUAGCUCACCAACACUUAACAGCGCACCCACCAACAGCACCACUCCUACCAACACCAGCACUCCUACCAACAGCACCACUCCUACCAACACCACCAUGACAAACCCCACCCCGACCAACAUUGCUAUCUCGACUAACACCAUCACACUUUCAAAUACCACCACCUCUACCAAUGCUAUCCUGACUAACACCACCACCUCUUCCAACCCUACAAACCCUACCAACAACAUCUUCUCCACCUUCACCACCACCAGGGCCGACACCAUUACCCCAGCUGAGCGUGAGUGGUGUCACCUCAUGAUCAUGGCCCGCACCAAUGCCCGCUGCACUACAAUAAGCUCAAUUAUCCCUACCAGCUCAACCACCAACUCCCCCGCUCCUACCAACUCCACCACCUCGACCAGUCCCACGCCUACCAACAUUACCUCCUCUACCCUCACUACCACUCCCAGCCACAUCACCCCAGCUGAGUAUGUGUCCAGCCUCAUGAUCAUGAGGGAAAAGAGAUCACUCUUCAUGGCCCGGAUCAAUGCCUGCUCCACCACUCCUACCAACUCCACCACCUUUAGAAUCCGCACACCUACCAACACUACCACCCCUCCCAACACCGCUACCCUGACCAAACGCAACUACUCCGACGAACACCACCACUCCUACCAAAACCAACCCUACCAACGCCAACCCUAUCAACACCAACCCUACCAACACCAUUAUUCUUACUACUACCCCUACCAACACCAACCCUACCAGCACCAAUCCUACCAACACAAUGACUCCUACCAAUACGACCACCCCAACCGACACCAUCACUCUUCCCAACAACAGUCCUAUCAACGUUACCUAUCCUACAAACGCCAACUCUAUAAACACCUUGACCCCUACCAACACCACCACCCCAAAUAAGAAAUAAUACAAAAUAAAUAACAUUACAACAUCGCUGCACCCUUUGCAUGUUAGCGUGCUGCCCUACGAAGCCGGCGACCGGAGUUAAAUUUCCGCUCAUGGCCAACACCAGUGAUCGACUCAGUCUCAAAUUAGUGCCUGGUACUCAUUUAGCUGAGGCUACCUCGCAUGCCAGUCUGUUAAAUCUUUACGGGGGAUCUUUGUCUUUGACAUAUCUGUGGGCUAGAGUGUAGCUUGAUUUAUUGUUCAUGUGAGGGAUGCGCUUUGCCUGCAGCCGCCACUAC